GGGAGCUGAAGGCGGGGAAAGAAGUCUGGGAGGGAGAGAAGGAGGCAGGGUAGCCGGGAAGGCGGCGAGCUGCUGCGGAGGAGUUGAGCCAGCGGAGGGGCUCCCGCUGUGCCAGGCGGGCAGUGCCAAAUCCUGGGAGCCCGAAGCUGGGGGGAGGGCCGGGGACAACCCGGCCCUGCCCCCUUCCUGAGCGAGGUGCCCAGCAACUUCUGAAGAAAGUUUGGCAUCGAUUGCCGCAGUGGUGUCCCCAAGGAUGGGCAGGGUCCCGCUGGCCUGGUGCUUGGUGCUGUGCUGCUGGGGGUGUGCGGCCCCUAAGGACAUACAAGCUGAGUCUGAUAGCCCAUUUAUGGGGAGCCCAGGGAACAUCACAGGUGCCCGAGGACUCAUGGGGACCCUUCGGUGUGAGCUCCAGGUUCAGGGGGAACCCCCUGAGGUGAGCUGGCUUCGUGAUGGACAUCUCCUAGAACUGGCGGACAACACCCAGACCCAGGUGCCUCUGGGCGAAGACUGGCAGGAUGACUGGAAAGUGAUCAGCCAACUCAGAAUCUCAUCCCUGCAGCUUGCGGAUGCAGGGCAGUACCAGUGUAGGGUGCACCUGAAAGGGCGAACCUUCGUGUCCCAGCCCGGCUAUGUAAGGCUGGAAGGCCUCCCUUAUUUCCUGGAGGAGCCAGAAGACAAAGCUGUGCCUGCCAACACCCCCUUCAACCUGAGCUGCUGGGCCCAAGGACCCCCAGAACCCGUGAACCUACUCUGGCUUCGGGAUGCUGUCCCCCUGGUCCCAGCCACAGGCCACAGCUCUCAGUACAACCUGCAUGCUCCAGGCCUGAACAAGACGUCUUCUUUCUCCUGUGAAGCCCAUAACGCCAAGGGGGUCACCACCUCGCGCACGGCCACCGUCACAGUGCUCCCCCAGCGACCCCGUGACCUCCACUUGGUUUCCCGCCAGCCCACGGAGCUAGAGGUGGCUUGGACCCCUGGCCUGAGUGGCAUCUACCCCCUCACCCACUGCAACCUGCAGGCUGUGAUGUCAGACGAUGGGGUGGGCAUCUGGCUGAGAGAGUCAGACCCUCCGGAGGAACCCCUCACCUUGCAAGUAUCUGUGCCCCCUCACCAGCUUCGGCUGGAAAAGCUUCAUCCUCACACCCCGUAUCAUAUCCGGGUAUCCUGCACCAGCAGCCAAGGUCCCUCUCCCUGGACCCACUGGUUUCCUGUGGAGACCCCGGAGGGAGUGCCCUUGGGUCCCCCUGAGAACGUUAGCGCCAUGCGGAAUGGGAGCCAGGCCCUCGUGCGUUGGCAGGAGCCAAGGGUGCCCCUGCAGGGCACCCUGCUAGGGUACCGGCUGGCAUAUCGAGGCCAGGACACCCCCGAGGUGCUUAUGGAUAUAGGGCUAAAGCGAGAGGUGACCCUGGAACUGCGGGGGCACAGGCCUGUGGCUAACCUGACCGUGUCUGUAGCAGCCUAUACCUCAGCUGGGGAUGGGCCCUGGAGCCUCCCUGUGCCCCUGGAGUCCUGGCGCCCAGGGCAAGGACAGCCAGUCCACCAGCUGGUGAGUGAACCCCCACCUCCUGCCUUCUCGUGGCCCUGGUGGUAUGUACUGCUGGGAGCAGUUGUGGCCGCUGCCUGUGUCCUCAUCUUGGCCCUCUUCCUUGUCCAUCGGCGGAAGAAGGAGACCCGCUAUGGUGAGGUGUUUGAGCCAACGGUGGAAAGAGGUGAACUGGUAGUCAGGUACCGUGUCCGCAAGUCCUACAGUCGCCGGACCACUGAAGCCACCUUGAACAGCCUGGGCAUCAGUGAAGAGCUGAAGGAGAAGCUACGAGACGUGAUGGUAGAUCGGCAUAAGGUGGCCCUGGGAAAGACCCUGGGAGAAGGAGAGUUUGGUGCUGUGAUGGAGGGCCAACUCAACCAGGAUGACUCUAUCCUCAAGGUGGCCGUGAAGACGAUGAAAAUUGCCAUCUGCACGCGGUCAGAGCUGGAGGACUUCCUGAGUGAAGCAGUCUGCAUGAAGGAAUUCGACCACCCCAAUGUCAUGAGGCUCAUUGGCGUCUGUUUCCAGGGAUCUGAUCGAGAGGGUUUCCCAGAACCUGUGGUCAUCUUACCUUUCAUGAAACAUGGGGACCUACACAGUUUCCUCCUCUAUUCCCGGCUUGGAGACCAGCCAGUGUUCCUGCCCACUCAGAUGCUGGUGAAGUUCAUGGCCGACAUUGCCAGUGGCAUGGAGUACCUGAGUACCAAGAGAUUCAUACACCGGGACCUGGCUGCCAGGAACUGCAUGCUGAACGAGAACAUGUCUGUGUGUGUGGCGGACUUCGGGCUCUCUAAGAAGAUCUACAAUGGGGACUACUACCGCCAAGGACGCAUUGCCAAGAUGCCAGUCAAGUGGAUUGCCAUCGAGAGUCUGGCAGAUCGAGUGUACACCAGCAAGAGUGAUGUGUGGUCCUUUGGCGUGACAAUGUGGGAGAUUGCCACCCGGGGCCAAACCCCCUAUCCAGGAGUGGAGAACAGUGAGAUUUACGACUACCUGCGCCAGGGGAAUCGCCUGAAGCAGCCUGUGGACUGUCUGGAUGGCUUGUAUGCCCUGAUGUCCCGGUGUUGGGAGUUGAACCCUCGAGACCGGCCAAAUUUUGCAGAGCUGCGAGAGGACCUGGAGAACACAUUGAAGGCUCUGCCCCCUGCUCAGGAGCCUGAUGAAAUCCUCUAUGUCAACAUGGACGAGGGUGGAGGUCACCUUGAAGCCCGUGGUGCUGCUGGAGGAGCUGACCCCCCAACCCAACCUGACCCGAAGGAUUCUUGUCACUGCCUUACUGCAGCUGAAGUUCAUUCUGCUGGACGUUAUGUCCUCUGUCCUUCUACAGCCCCUGGACCCACUCUGUCUGCUGACAGGGGCUCCCCAGCACCCCCAGGGCAGGAGGAUGGAGCCUGAGACAACUUUCCACCUGAGGCACCCUCUCAGGACCCAAGCUAGGCACUGCCACUGGGGGAACGUCAUCCCCCACUUUCCCAUACCUUCUCCCCAACCACAGCCUAAUCUUCCUACCCUUCCCACUUUCAUCCCAGAAUGAUGCGUCCUGUUUUCUGUGCCCUAACAUCCUAGCCAUAAAAGGAAGGGUUAGACUGCAAUUUUUAAGGGUCUUCCAGGCCUAACAUCCCAACAUUCUAGAUUCUAAGGUUUGAGUCUAGAUUCAAAGGUUUUAGUUUCAAAGCUAUAUUAGUCUUUGAUUCUGAGGACCAAAGAUUCCAAAGUUCCUAAGUCUAAAGUGCUAUACUCCCAGACAUGGAAGUUCCAAGGCCCAUUGUUCUAAGCCUCUGAGAUUCCCAGGCUCUUGAUUGUCUGGUUCUAAAAUUCCUGGCAAUGCUCCGGUUGUUUUAGGUUGCAUAGCUCUGAGUUUGAGUCUAGGAUCUAAGACUCUGUGGUUCGAGAUUUUUCUUUUUUCUCUAGAGCUCUGAGUUCUUCGAGUGGACGAUUCUAGAUUUUAAAAUUCUAAAGAUUCUAGCUGGGCGUGGUGGCAGCACGCCUUUCAUCCCAGCAGAGGCAGGCGGAUCUCUGUGAGUUCGAGGCCAACCUGGUCUACAUAGUGAGUUCCAGGACAGCUGGGGCUACGGGGAGACCCUGUCUCAAAAAGAUAAAAAAAAAAAAUUCUAAAGAUUCUAUAAUCCUAAAGCCUGCUGUUCUAAAAUUCGACAGUCUUGGGCUCUUCAUGUUGUAAAAAUCUAGAUUAUAAUAUUUCAAUUUUUGUGUUCUUACGUUCUAAGAUUCCAGUUAUGGUUAGUUUCUGAGGCUUUAUGAUCGAAGAUUCUCUUGUAUAAAAUCCUGGAUCUCAAGUAAUAAGAUUCUAGAAUCUGUAAUUUAAAGAUCCUAAGGGUCUGGAGAUGGAGUUUCUAAGGUUUAACAUUCUAAGUUGUGAUCAUCUAAAACAGUCCAACAUUCUAGAUGGUCUAAGGCUCCAAAUUAUUUGCUCCAAGAUUCUAGAUUAUUAAACUCUGAGAUUUCAAUGUUGGCCUGCUCUAUGUCUCAGGCACUGUAAGAUUCUAUGGGUCCAAGAUUCUGGGUCCUAAGCAUCUAUGUUGUAAGACGUUCACAGUUAGUUGUGACUAACUAGACACCAAAGUUCUAAUCAUUUCUAAUGUUGGACACCUCUAGGUUCUAUGCUGCAUUCUGCCUUUCUAGCACUAUAACUAAAGGUCCAAGAAUACACAUUUCUAAAAAUCUUAAGGUUCUAUGCACUUUAAGAAUCAAACUCUAAGUGUCUAAGAUUCUGAAGGUCUACAGGUCUAGAAUAUUAGGUAGGGUGCAAAGUUCAAGCCCUGUAGCUUUUCUUCUACAUGCCCUUCCCUUUCUCAGUCACUUACACUUCCUCCCCCCUCACGUGGGCUGCCCCCACCUUAAGCCUGUGCAAUGCAUGGGAGGGGUACCUCCUUUCCCCCAGGGGAUGGACCAUCUCCCUCCUUUUGGGCCAUGCUGCCCCCUUGAGCCAGUUCCUCAAUCCCAUCUACAGAGUGUGGACUCUGGUGCCUCCAGAGAGGCUCAGGUCACAUAAAACUUUUGUCAAUCACUA